CCCAUUUAUUACAGCAAAGGGUUUCAGAGGUGGCCAGACAACUUAGUCUAGGACAAAAGACAUGGCCAUCUGUGAUGACAGAAAGUGGGACCCAUAUGAGACCUCACAGAAAAGGGAUUUUGUCGGCAGACCCAGUUCACCAAUUGAAGUUUUAAGACCAGCUACAUCCAGGACCUAUAGAAAUCCCUAUGCUUUGGACGAACCCAUUGGUGUAACUGUGUAUAGUGAAGAUUUUUGCUGGAAACCUCCAUCUAAGCCUGAGUGUAUACGGACCGGGACGGCCUCAGGAAACAGAAGAAACAACCCACACCCAAGCCAGGGUUUUAUGGUAUGGAAGCUUCCCCCUGGACUGAAACUUUGUGAAAACCCCCCAUCUGAGGAUGAAGUCAAACAUGCAUUGUCUGCACAGUACAAGUCAACAUACAGAACUGACUUUUUGGGCAUCCCUCAAGGGAUCAUGACAAACCGUAGAGCCCUAGACCCUGUUAAGCACAUUCCUGAGGUCCCUCAGUGCUUCCAGACUGAAAUGAGAUACAAUUAUCAUUACCCGGUUUGGAGACCUGAAUUUCGGGAAAAUAUAUCCCAGCGUGAGGCACCAAAGGGGAUAGUCCCUACAGUAGUUCCGAAGCAUAUCACUUUUCAAGAAAGCAUGAAGCCUUUGACCACCUAUAACAAGCAUUUUGGUGGUAAAUCCACAGACUUUGCUUCAGGGCUCAGUUCCCUCCAGCCGCAGGAACUCCAGCAUUUCUACAAGCACUUAUCUAAAAACGAAAAAAUAGUGGUGGAAACAGUUUUCCGAAAAAAGCCACGUCCCCCUUGUUUAAAAAAGAAAAUAAUGGAUAGAGUGGCAUUUACGCAACCUCCUGCAGUGCUAGACAGGAUAUCUGUCUGGCCAGGCCCUUUGUGACUGAUUCCCAUGAUAUGUAUUUGUGUGUGCAAGAAAACAAUAAAUUGCUUCUAUUGAUCAUGCUGUUCAGGUAGAUGUUAAAGAUUAAGUUUUCCCCUGCAUGUUAUAUUACAUCUUAACAUACACCAGAAAUACAUACUAGACAACCAGUUUAAUGUUUCUUGAUUGGUCUGAAAGUUUUUAUAAAUGUUCGAUAACAGUAGUUUCAAAGUAGCAUUAAUGAAUAACAUUUCUCACAAAACAGUGUGCAACCAAUGAUACUGUAAAGCUUCUGUAAAGGAACAGUUUUUUAACAUUUAAAGAAAGCAUCUCCAAGGGUUUAACACUUUGUAUAAAUCAAAAAUAGGCCUGUGACUUAAACUUUUGCUACAUGUGAAGGUCUUAAGGAAAUGCAUUUUUUUUAUCCAUAUUAAAAUUAGCAUUUUGUUUUUGUUAUUAACUGCUAGAAAAAGAAAAAUGAGUUUGAUUGGGGAACAACAGUUUGUAUCUGUUCCACAACAUUUAAUGUAACUAUGAAUGUGUAAAAUGUAAAAUGUGUUCCUAAUCAAUAGGAAAUUGUAAUCCU